AUGGCGAGUUCCAGUGGGAGCAAGAACGAGGUGGGUCCGCCUCGUUCGUUGUCUCGGCGGGUGACGCGCACGCCCACUCGGAUGGUUGAGUUGCCUGAAGACAAUUCCGGGAUUGACAGUGAGCUCGUGCCAUCGUCGCUCGCGUCCAUUGCCCCCAUUCUCCGUGUGGCCAACGAGAUUGAGCCUCAAAAUCAGAGAGUCGCCUAUCUCUGCCGCUUCCAUGCAUUUGAGAAGGCUCAUAAAAUGGAUCCAACAUCAAGUGGACGGGGUGUUAGACAAUUCAAGACUUAUUUGUUACACAGACUUGAAAAGGAAGAAUAUGAAACAGAACCAAUACUUGAAAGACAUGAUGUUCAAGAAAUUCAGACUUUUUACCAGAAAUUCUGUAAGAAAAAUAUUGAAGAAGGAGAAUAUACCAAACGACCAGAAGAGAUGGCUAAGAUCUAUCAGAUAGCGACCGUACUAUAUGAAGUACUAAAGACAGUGGUACCUGCUUCAAAAAUUGACGAAAAGACUGAGCAAUAUGCCAAGGAGGUUCAAAGGAAAAAAGAGCAGCAUGAACAUUAUAACAUUCUCCCCUUGUUUGCUUUGGCGGUUAAACCAGCUAUCAUGGAACUUCCCGAGAUCGAAGCAGCAAUUGAAGCAUUACAGAAGGUGAACAAUCUUCCAAUGCCUAAAAUUCAUUCAACCAGUAAUCCUGAUGAAAAUCCGUCAGUGCCAACAGAGAGGGUGAAACCUGUCAACGAUAUACUUGAUUGGUUGUCCUCUAUUUUUGGGUUUCAGAAAGGAAACGUAGCAAACCAGAGGGAACACUUAAUUCUGCUUCUUGCAAAUAUUGAUAUAAGGAAUAAGAAUCCGCAAGUUCCUCACCAGCUAAAAAGUGGCACCGUACAGCAACUGAGUGAAAAAAUCUUUAAGAACUAUAUUUCGUGGUGCAACUAUCUUCGUUGCAAGCCAAAUCUUGGGUUUCCUCAUGAAUGUGACCGGCAACAGUUGCAGCUAAUUUAUAUCGCACUUCAUCUUCUUAUCUGGGGCGAAGCUUCAAAUAUUCGAUUCAUGCCUGAAUGUUUAUGCUACAUUUUCCACAAUAUGGCCGACGUUGUCUAUGGGAUUCUUUAUAGCAAUGUCCAUCCUGUUAGCGGAGAAUCAUUUCAGGAGGCAGAAGCACGUGAUGAGGAAUCAUUUUUGAGGGAAGUUGUAACUCCAAUUUACCAAGUUCUUUUGAUGGAAGCUAAGAGAAACAAAGGAGGUAAGGCAAGUCAUUCUACCUGGCGGAACUAUGAUGAUCUCAAUGAGUAUUUUUGGUCUGACCGAUGUUUCAACCUUGGAUGGCCUAUGAACCCCAAAUCAGAUUUUUUUAGGCAUUCAGAUUCUAUACAGCCUGCAAAUACGAAUCCUAACCAAGUAGCUGCUGGAAAGAGGAAGCCUAAAACAAAUUUUGUUGAAGUCCGUACCUUUUUGCAUCUUUAUAGAAGCUUUGACAGAAUGUGGAUAUUCUUUAUAUUGGCAUACCAGGCUAUGGUAAUAAUUGCCUGGAGUCCUGGUGGAUCUCUUUUAGCAGUUUUUGAAGCCGAUGUCUUCAAGAGUGUUUUGAGCAUUUUUAUUACUGCUGCUAUUCUUAAUUUUUUGAGAGCUACUCUGGAUAUAAUUUUAAGUUGGAUUGCAUGGAGGAGCUUGAAAUUUACCCAAAUACUACGUUAUCUACUAAAGUUUAUAGUGGCAGCAGCGUGGGUUGUGGUUUUGCCUAUUGCUUAUUUUAAUACCGUGCAAAAUCCCACUGGACUUGUGAAGUUUUUCAGUAGUUGGGCUGCGGACUGGCAGAACCAGUCAUUUUAUAAUUAUGCUGUUGCGGUAUAUUUGAUACCAAAUAUAUUGUCCUGCUUACUGUUUUUGCUUCCACCUUUGAGAAAGAAGAUGGAGCGUUCAAAUUGGCGAAUUAUCACAUUGCUAAUGUGGUGGGCUCAGCCUAAACUUUAUGUAGGAAGAGGCAUGCAUGAAGACAUGUUCUCAUUGCUGAAGUAUUCACUGUUUUGGAUUCUGCUGCUAAUCAGUAAACUAGCAUUCAGCUACUAUGUGGAGAUAUAUCCACUCAUUGGUCCUACAAAGUUGAUUAUGACAAUGCAUAUUGAUAAUUAUCAAUGGCACGAGUUCUUUCCGCAUGUGUCAUAUAAUGUUGGGGUUAUUAUAGCAAUAUGGGCUCCCAUUGUCCUGGUUUAUUUUAUGGAUGCACAAAUUUGGUAUGCAAUAUUUUCAACCAUUUUUGGGGGCAUUCAUGGAGCCUUCAGCCAUCUGGGUGAGAUAAGGACACUUGGCAUGUUGCGAUCCAGGUUUGAGGCCAUUCCUUCAGCCUUUAGUGAACGACUGGUUCCAUCAUCAGAUAGGGAUUCCAAGGGAAAGAACCUGGAUGAAUCACUAGUAAGGAAGAAUAUUACCAACUUCUCUCAUGUCUGGAAUGAAUUCAUACUAACUAUGCGGCAAGAGGACCUGAUCAGUAAUAGGGAUAGAGAUUUGCUACUUGUUCCAUAUUCUUCAAGUGAUGUCUCCGUAGUCCAAUGGCCUCCUUUCUUGCUUGCUAGUAAGAUUCCAAUAGCAUUGGAUAUGGCAAAAGACUUUAAAGGAAAGGAGGAUGUUGACUUAUUCAGGAAGAUUAAAAGUGAUGAUUAUAUGUAUUCUGCAGUAAUAGAAUGCUAUGAGACACUCAGGGAUAUAGUAACUGAACUUCUGAAGGAUGAAGAAGACAAGAAGAUUGUGCGGGAUAUUUGUCAUGAAGUAGAAAAUAGCAUACAGGAGCAAAAAUUCUUAAGCAAUUUCAAGAUGAGUGGUCUUCCUUCACUCAGUGAGAAACUGGAGAAAUUUUUAAAACUUUUGGUGCGUGAUGAUGAAAAUGAAGUUGGUGGGUCCCAGAUAAUCAAUGUUCUCCAGGACAUCUUUGAGAUUAUCACGCAGGAUGUUAUGGUUAAUGGCUCUCAAAUUCUUGGAGCAGAUGAAAACCCUAAUGAUAACUCUGAUGGGAAGAAGGGGCAGAGGUUUGAGAAUAUUAACAUAGAACUUACAUCCACCAAAACAUGGAUAGAAAAGGUUGUUAGGCUUUCUUUGCUUUUAACUGUCAAGGAGUCUGCAAUUAAUGUGCCUCAAAACUUGGAUGCCCGUCGGCGUAUCACAUUCUUUGCGAAUUCCUUAUUUAUGACCAUGCCUAAAGCUCCUAAAGUCCGUGACAUGCUAUCUUUUAGUGUUUUAACUCCUUAUUACAAAGAAGAUGUCCUUUAUUCCGAUGAGGAACUUAAGAAGGAAAAUGAGGAUGGAAUAUCCAUUUUGUUCUAUCUCCAAAAGAUAUAUCCUGAUGAAUGGACCAACUUUCUGGAGCGAAUUAGAGAACUAAAACUUGAAAAAAAUGAUAAGGACAAGACGGAGUUACGCCAGUGGGUAUCCUACAGAGGGCAGACAUUAUCAAGAACAGUACGAGGUAUGAUGUACUACCGUGAUGCGCUUCAGCUUCAAUUCUUUCUGGAAUGUGCUGGGGAGAAUACUGGUGGUUAUCGAAACAUGGACUUGAAUGAAAAGGAGAGGAAAGCAUUCUUUGAUCGUGCACAAGCUCUUGUUGAUCUAAAGUUCACCUAUGUUGUCUCAUGCCAAAUCUAUGGUGCCCAGAAGAAGUCUGAUGAUUCUCGUGACCGAAGUUGCUACAAUAAUAUUCUCAAUCUGAUGUUAACGUAUCCAUCACUACGUGUUGCUUACAUAGAUGAAAGAGAGGAGACAGUGAAUGGGAAGCCCCAGAAGUUUUAUUACUCAGUUCUCGUGAAGGGAGGUGAUAAAUUAGAUGAGGAAAUCUAUCGAAUCAAGCUUCCAGGUCCUCCAACAGCAAUUGGUGAAGGAAAACCCGAGAAUCAAAAUCAUGCCAUUAUUUUCACUCGUGGACAAGCUCUGCAGACCAUAGACAUGAACCAGGACAACUAUUUUGAAGAAGCUUUCAAAAUGAGAAAUGUUUUGGAAGAGCUCCAGAAACACCGUCAUGCAGAUCGAAAACCCACAAUAUUGGGUUUGAGGGAGCAUAUCUUUACUGGAAGUGUUUCGUCUCUUGCUUGGUUCAUGUCCAAUCAGGAGACUAGUUUUGUAACCAUUGGCCAACGAAUUUUGGCAAAUCCUCUGAGGGUACGUUUCCAUUAUGGUCAUCCUGAUAUAUUUGACAGAAUCUUCCACAUAACUAGGGGUGGCAUCAGUAAAGCUUCUAGAGUUGUUAACCUAAGCGAGGAUAUAUUUGCUGGAUAUAAUUCAACUCUUCGUGGGGGGUUUGUCACACAUCAUGAGUACAUCCAAGUAGGCAAGGGGCGAGAUGUGGGCAUGAAUCAAAUAUCACUUUUUGAGGCAAAGGUUGCAAAUGGGAAUGGAGAGCAGACACUUAGUCGUGAUGUUUAUAGGCUUGGACGUCGUUUUGACUUCUAUAGAAUGAUGUCCUUCUACUUCACAACUGUUGGAUUCUACUUCAGUAGUAUGGUGACUGUGCUGACUGUGUAUGUAUUUUUAUAUGGACGUCUAUACAUGGUUAUGAGUGGCGUUGAAAGGGAGAUUCUUGAUAGCCCUUCCAUACAUCAGACUAAGGCUCUUGAAGAGGCUUUGGCUACCCAGUCUGUGUUUCAACUAGGCUUGUUGCUAGUACUACCAAUGGUUAUGGAAAUUGGCCUUGAAAAAGGAUUUCGUACUGCACUUGGUGAUUUUGUUAUCAUGCAGCUGCAACUAACUUCUGUUUUUUUCACAUUCCAGCUUGGAACUAAAGCACACUUUUAUGGUCGAACAAUCUUGCAUGGAGGUUCUAAAUAUCGAGCUACUGGUCGUGGCUUUGUUGUUUUUCAUGCAAAAUUUGCUGAUAAUUAUAGGCAAUACUCACGAAGUCACUUUGUCAAAGGCUUGGAACUGUUUAUUCUGCUGCUUGUUUAUCAAAUCUACGGAAAUUCAUAUCGCAGUUCAAAACUUUAUUUGUUCAUCACUUUCUCGAUGUGGUUUCUGGUUGCAUCCUGGUUGUUUGCUCCCUUUGUGUUCAAUCCAUCUGGAUUUGACUGGCAAAAGACGGUUGAUGACUGGACAGAUUGGAAAAGGUGGAUGGGAAAUCGUGGUGGAAUAGGGAUCUCCCAUGACAAAAGUUGGGAAUCUUGGUGGGAUGGAGAACAGGAACACCUGAAAAGUACAACAUUAAGGGGAAGAGUGCUAGAGAUAAUACUUUCUUUACGGUUCCUCAUAUACCAAUAUGGAAUUGUUUACCACCUUGAUAUAUCUCAUAACAUUAAGAGCUUCUGGGUUUAUGGACUUUCUUGGGUAGUCAUGUUAAUUGCUCUUGUUGUCUUAAAGUUGGUAUCAAUGGGCAGACGAAAAUUCGGUACCGACUUCCAGCUUAUGUUCAGAAUUCUGAAAGCUCUUCUCUUCCUCGGUUUCAUGUCAGUCAUGACUGUCUUGUUUGUAGUAUGGGGCCUCACAGUAUCAGAUCUAUUUGCAGCUAUUCUUGCGUUCUUGCCUACUGGAUGGGCCAUCCUUCUGAUUGGGCAGGCUUGCAGACCAAUGAUGAAGGGCAUAGGAUUCUGGGAAUCAAUAAAAGAGCUUGCAAGAGGGUAUGAAUACAUCAUGGGUCUCGUCAUUUUCAUGCCCAUAGCCAUUUUGUCUUGGUUCCCAUUUGUAUCAGAGUUCCAAACACGUUUGCUCUUCAAUCAAGCAUUCAGUAGAGGUCUACAGAUUUCAAUGAUUCUCGCUGGAAGAAAAGAAACGCCAUCUACUUGAACUAUCUCUCUUCUCACAACUGUCCAUUUACAUCUCUUCAAUCAGCGCCUUGGUGUAUCUUGUAGGCCUUUUUUCCUCAAUACAUAGUUACAGUUAUAAAUAGAAUUCUGAGAGAUCAGAAAGUGAUCAUUGUAACAGUUUUCCAUUUUCCCUAGGUAUUGAUAAAAUGAUUCCUGUAGUUUGGGAUUACCAAAUUUUUGGAAUUCGGUGGUGUUUUCCCCAACUUUUUGUUUUGCUAAAGAUUGCAUAUUCUAUGUCUAUUCUUUAAUCCAUAGGAACUAGAAGAAGAAAGAAAAAAAAAAGAAAAGACAUGAUGAUUAGCCCCAAGAAAUGAAACCCAAUGAUUCUGAUAUA